GGAAGACAAGGUGGAUCCCGACCUCGUCAACACAGGCAAGCAGACGGUCACGGUGCUUCCCGGGGGCAGCUGCUUCGCCAGCGACGACUCCUUCGCCAUGAUCCGAGGGGGACGCCUCCACCUAACCAUGCUCGGAGCCAUGCGGGUUUCCAAAAAUGGCGACCUGGCUAACUGGAUGAUCCCUAGCAAGAAGGUGAAAGGCAUGGGCAAUGCCACGGACAUGGUGUCCAGUCAGAAGAUCAGAGUGGUGGUCACCAUGCAGCACUGUGCAAAGGACAACACCCCCAAAAUCAUGGAGAAAUACACCAUGCCGCUGACUGGGAAGCGGUGCGUGGACAGCAUCAUCACGGAGAAGGCUGUGUUUGAUGUGCACAGGAAGAGAGGCCUGACCCUGAGGGAGCUCUGGGAGGACCUGACCGUGGACGACAUCAGAAAGAGCACGGGCUGUGACUUUGCCGUGUGCCCGAACCUCAGGCCCAUGCAUCAGGUGGCACCCUGAGGGAGGCAAAGCUGGGUGGGGAGGUGCGCUCCUCAGGGGGGCCCACCAGGUUCCCCAGGGGACGUUGAUCACCGCAGGAAUACAUUUCCCCAGCGCUGGGAGGGGUUUGCUGCUGGCCUCCAAUUUUCCUCCCUAGGUGGGCUGUGCUCCUCUAGAGAGCUGGGACUUUAAUUAAACACACAAGGAAAAC